GCCCACAAGAUUGGUGGUUAAUGGUGGUGGAGCUUGAUAAGCAAUGGAAUCAUGAAUGUGUUGACGUUUUUUUUGGCCUUUUUGGCUUCUUUCUUGUCGUUUAGUCGUUUUCUUCUUUUCUUCUGGGGAUGAGAGUUUUGCAGGAAACGCACAUUGAUUUAGAAAGAUUCCCUGCUUUUAAGCAUAGAAUUUUGGCUCUGAAUUUAGCAAUUUUCUUUUAUGUUUUCGAUACAUCGUUUUCUUCUUUUUUCCUCUGUUAGUUUCUCCAUUUUCUAUUGAAAUCUCGGAGAUCGUGGGCAGUUAUGCUCCACACUUUUUUCCACGCAUAACCGUCAAAGCUCCGCUGAACUCUGUUUUUGGUUUCUUUUCUUUUUGGACUGUGAAUUUUCUCAAAAUCCGCCUUUCUCCCCGGAUUCCACAAUCUGUUCUUCUUCCAGGUUUUUACUUAUUUUGGAUUUUGGAUAUCUCUAUGAAUUUACUUGUAUGGUUUAUGAAUUCAAUUUUUGAUUCAUUAGCAUACUCUAAUUCCCGGCGAAGUCCCUGAUUCCGGCAGUGGCGCAGAGUCCCUGAUUGCUGUGGCUGGUCCACUUGGGUUCCUUGUACGUGUUUGUUGUUGUUUGCAAAGAAAUAAACAAUUUGAAUAAUCGAACUGUGGUUCUGGCACUUUUGAAAUCUGGAUUUCUUAAAAGGAUUCUUGUUCAUGUGGGUAUGGGAGAUGGUGAAGUCAUCAUCAUUGACUUGCUUUUGUGUAUUUACCUGUCUUCCCGAAUAAACAAUUAGUACCCCAGUUGUAUUUUUAAUCAUUACCAGUACAGUACUCAUGAUUUGUGUUGCAACUUUUUUGCAUCUUCAUUAAACUUAAGAUGGGCUGGUCUUCAGACACCAUACAAAAUUUUUAAGUUAAUUUGAUAAAAUAUUCUUCUGUUUUUGAGUCUUAGUGGAUUUAGUUUGAUAAUGUGCUACACACUGCUAAUUAAUAUAGGUUAAGUGCAUAGGUUAAUUAAGUCCUUCCUAAGUUUGCUAAAGAGGCAGUUAACUUCUGAAAUUUAAGCAGGAAGAGGUUUAAUUAGCAAGAAAUCUUUCUCAAUUAGCCAACCGAACUCGGGAUGUGAUCAUCGACGUACUAGUUUUGAUGUGUGCAUCUGAAUGUGGCAUACAUAGAUGUGGAUAGUUUAGAAACGGAAAACUAAUGUGACAUACUAGAAAUGGUAAUGAUUUUUCUUCAAAAACUGGAUUUCUCUUUGUUUUAAAUCAUACUGUGUAAUGAGAUCCCCUGUCCCAAUGUGUGGUAGGUGGGUUAGCCCACUGCUACUAUUUCAUUUCUUCUUAUAUUGCCCUGUAGUUCAUUCCUGCUUUAAGAUUUGCAAGUCCUGCCAUUAUUUCGUCUUCCUCAAUUUUAUGCUUGAUUUAUUGACUAAAAUGUAGUGUUGGUUUAGUUGAAAGCUAUGGAAGUGAUAGAUUUUAGGUUAAAAUGAUACUAAAGUACUAUAUGGAUUACUUUAAACAAGUGUUUCUGCUUAGGUAAGAUAAAGUGAUGCUGAACGAUAAUCCUUCUUGACUGAUGGAUCACAUGCUGGGAACUAACUUCGUGCGAUGAAUUGGACUCCAAAUUUAUUUUAUACUCUUGAAUAAAAAUGCCAAGUAAUAGCAUAGGCUUUCCAGUAACAGGGUUGACUAUGCAAGUUGUCACUCACUUCUGAUGCCUCUCCUUUGUUCUAGCAGUUUUGAGUAAAGAAAAUUUAAAAUUUACUCUGUACAUAAUCAUGAAUUCUCAGGGUUUGUCUUUCGCAUCUUGGAGAUUGGAUUUUAUCUUUGCAGAGCAUUUCUUUACACCAUAAUGUGUAGUGAAAUUGAACUGUUUCCUGCCCCAAACUUCCCCUGGGGCCUUUCUAAUUGUACUGAUAUGCCUGUUUCCUACUGCUUGCUAAGUUGGCUAAGCCAUUGGGAGGGUUGCUUUAGGCUAAUAAGCUUCAGAAAACAAAAUGAUGGGGAUCACUUGUAAGGUCUUGAAUUGGUUUUCAGUAGUUACUGUAUGGCUAUAUAAGGUAGUUCCAUGAGAUCUGGCUUUUACUUCAUCAUGGGUGUAGAUUCUUGCAUGCAUUCCUUAAGUGACCUGUUGAUGACUAAAGGUUGUUCAUCUUAACAGGUUUUCACCGCUUCUAUUUGAAAUGUUGAAAGGGUGAAACACAAAGCAUGAAAGAGGUUGAGAGGAAGAAAGUUUUGAAAAACAAUCCGAAAAAGUUUUCUGGGAAACCUGAGAAACGAGAUCACAAUCUCCAGAAUAGGAGCAACAGAAAAGCCUUAAAAGCAGAAGAUACUAAGGUAAAAGUUUCACAUGCUAAAAAAGGUGAUUCUGUUACAGUUGUAAGUGACUCCAACACGGGGUCAGAGUCCUCAGAAGUUUAUGAAAACAUGGUUAUUGACUAUUCGGAUGAAGUUCAGAAAUCCGAGGAAGCAUCUUCCGAUAUGGAGAAGCUUUCAUUGUCCGAGAAAGAGGUCAAUGCUAAAUCAAGUGAUCUUUCACAUGAUGUUAAGAAUGAACCAGCAGAAGAGAUGGGGGAAGAGACCGAUACCGAUACAAACACUGAUUCACAUUCAUCUCAAGGAGAUCUGGCAGCAGCUGAUGAUGAGAAGGUAGAAAAAGCUGCCAGGGUUAUUAGGACUCCAAAAAGUGAUUCAUCUGCUGGUAAUUCUCAGUCUGAAAGAAUAAAAACUGAUCAGAAGAACAAUAUGAAUUGGACAAAAGCAUCAAAAAGUACUCCCAAGAAAAACACAAGUCCUGACGAAGAUCCUUCUAAAGGGGCUGGAAGAGACGUGUCUGAUGGUUUGAAGAAUAUGAAAGUGCAUCCAAAACCUAUGUCAGAUAAUUCAGAAGUUGUUGAUAAACCGAUUAUGGAGGCAAAGGGAAAAGAUGAUCCGGAUGAAACUUCAAUUGGUGCUGAUAACGUAGAAAGUGAUGAUGACGUAGUCUCUGAGGGAAAUUAUGAGAGAGAAGGCAAUGCAGUUGCUGAUCAAAAGAUUCAGGAACUGGAAUCAAGGAUUGACAAAUUAGAAGAAGAGCUGAGGGAAGUAGCGGCUUUGGAAGUUGCACUCUAUUCGGUGGUACCUGAGCAUGGUAGCUCUGCACAUAAGGUGCAUACCCCUGCUAGGCGGUUGUGUAGGCUCUACAUUCAUGCUUGUAAACAUUGGUCCCUUGAUAAGCGAGCUACAGUUGCUAGAAACACUGUCUCAGGUCUCAUUUUAAUUGCCAAGUCUUGUGGGCACGAUGUCCCAAGACUAUCAUUUUGGCUCUCAAACACAGUUGUUUUGAGAGAAAUUAUCUCUCAAACAUUUGCAAGCUCAUGUCAAUCUGGACAACUUACGAGAAUUUUUGAGUCUAAUGGAGGAAAAAACUCCAACACAAAGUCAUCAUCAUACGUUUCAAAGAGUAAUUCUGGCAGCAAACAACCUAAAAAGCCGGGUUUCAUACAAUUUGUUGAUGAUUGGGAAGAAACAAGAACCUUUACUGCUGCCUUGGAGAAAGUUGAAUCAUGGAUUUUCUCUCGAAUGGUGGAGUCAAUAUGGUGGCAGGCUCUGACUCCCCAUAUGCAAUCCCCUACUGACAAUGAGAGAAAUAUUAAAGUUCUUGGUAGAACGUUGGGUCCUACUUUAGGUGAUCAGCAACAAGGUAGUUUUUCUGUAAAUCUGUGGAAAAAUGCUUUUGAGGAUGCUUUGAGGAGGCUUUGUCCAGUUCGAGCAGGGGGGCAUGAAUGUGGUUGCUUGCCUGUCUUGGCUAGGAAGGUUAUGGAGCAAUGUCUUGCUCGACUGGAUGUUGCCAUGUUUAAUGCUAUUCUUAGGGAGUCUGCACAUGAGAUCCCAACUGAUCCAGUGUCUGAUCCCAUAGUAGAUUCCCGGGUUUUGCCUAUUCCUGCUGGUGACUUGAGUUUUGGCUCUGGUGCACAACUUAAAAAUUCUGUCGGCAACUGGUCAAGAUGUCUGAAUGAUUUAUUUGGAAUGGGGAAUCAGGAUGUUAGCAAGGGCACUGGAGAUGAACCGAAGUGUUUCGAUCUUCUGAAUGCAUUGAGUGAUCUUCUUAUGCUCCCAAAAGACAUGAUUAUGGACAGAACAGUGAGAAUGGAGGUUUGCCCACAAAUAAGUCUUCCUUUGCUUAAACGAAUUCUUUGCAACUUCACUCCAGAUGAAUUCUGCCCCGACCCUGUUCCAGGAGCGGUACUAGAGGCUUUAAAUGCUGAGUGCAUCAUCGAGAGGCGGUUGUCCAACGACUCUGCUGGUAGCUUUCCCUAUCCUGCUGCUCCAGUUGUCUACACACCUCCAUCAGCAGAAGACGUGGCUGAAAAAGUUGCAGAAGCAGGCGGCAAAUUGCAGCUCUCGAGGAGUGCCUCUGCGAUACAGAGGAAGGGUUACACAAGCGAUGAGGAUUUAGUGGAAUUAGAUUGUCCUUUGGCAGCAAUUGUCGACAAAAUACCACCUUCUCCAACUAAUCCGGCAAAGGUAGUUAAAAAUGACCAGAGCCAUGAGAAAGAAAAAUGCGAAAUUGGAGGGAAUGCAAGAUAUGAACUCCUUCGGGAGGUUUGGCGAGCAACAUAGUGCAUGACUGUUGCAGUUAUUAAGCUUCAUUUUCAUCAAAUGCAUUGUUUGCACAUGUGCAACUAUGAAAGGAGGUUCUCCAGGACUAAUUUGCAAACUUAUGCGUAGAAACUGGCUCAAGAUAUCUUGUCUAUAUCUUAUUUCCUAUCCAGAAGCGUCACUCGGAGCGAUUUGGCAGGCAAAUGUCGUUGGUCUUCCUAUAUGUAUGAGUAUGAUGUUAUGAGCUGUAAUUUUAGUUCAAAACAAUCUGUAUCAUACAUUAGUAUCUCGCAAGAGUAAAUAAUAAGUUUUAUCUUCAAAAUUCACCUCGAAGUUCCUUUAGGUCUAAGGAUUUUAGACAAGUCUAGUUCUCAAAAUCAAGUUAGGGCACAUGUAGUUCUACUAAUGAAAGUUGAACCCAUUUGUCAACUAAAUCAACUCAAAGAUCUGAAAUCAGUAUCUCGAGGCAAAUACCAUGGACUGAGAGUAUGCAUGCAAAGAACAAGGAAGACAGUAGUAGUGAACGUGGUUGUGUUUUUUUUUUUGGCGGAUGAGUUAGAAUUCCGAAACUUCCCACUUUUGCGAGAUAAUGAGUAGGAACGACAACCCCCAGGAGCUGUAAAAGAGGCUUUGAAGGAGAACUCCCAUUUUGGCUAAUUACCAUCAUCAAUCAUGAUAUAUUCCUCCUGUCCCAAAAUAAAUAUCUAGUUAGAAUUUUCACUUUUAGUAUAAUUUGUAUUAGAAAGGACAGUCCAAACUAAACAUCAUUUCGGGUUGGAGGGAUUAGAUUUGUACUAAAAGUGAAAAUUUAUACUGAACAUCAUUUCGAGUCGGAGGGACUAGGGAGUACUUAUUCCAGAAUCCGAAAGCAUCUGAAUUUUCAAUCACUUUAUGGAAACCUUCCAGUGAUUCCUCUGUACUUAGAGAUCGAUUCCAAAUAUCUCAGAUAUCUUCCAGUGCUUGAAUGCAAUUGUUCCCAAGUGAUAUGUGUGGC